AUGGGGCGCACAAGAAAACGCGGAAAGCAGUUCAUUGACAUGAAGAACUCCGUCACAUUUAAGCUAGUGGCUCGAAGCACUGAUGACCCGCUGUUCUGUGACCCUGAAGCACCACAGUACGUUCUGGUGGAGAAAAAGUCCAAAGAGGUGAUACCGAUUGAACUGGACGACAACGUUGGGCCGGAGAAGAAAAAACUGGACAAAGAUUCCCGGCGAGCAGAACAGGCCAAAUUCGGCGUAUACUUUGACGAUGAUUACGACUACCUGCAGCACCUGAUUGACGCCGAAGACGUGCCCACGUUGAAGGGCAUUGAGAUUGUGUCCAAGGAAAAGAUGCAAAGUGACGACCUCCCGGUCGAACUGGAUGAGCUGGUAAAUCCACAGCCUUCCACCAGCAAAGGCGUUGCAGCAGCAAAACAGAAACCCACUCUUAUGCUACCAUCAUCCGUCUUUGAGUCGACUGUCCGCGAAAAGGAAGCUCUCACAAAGCGGGCCGCUCUGCCCGUUGGCCCCCAACUCGACUGGGAUCCCGAUGUGGUCGAGGCAAUGGAUGAUGAUUACAAUUUCGAUGACCCAAAUAACCAAAUUGAUGAUGAUUUCGUCAGUCAAGCGAUGGUGAAGGGAGAAGCCUUUGAAGAGGAUAACUCGUAUUUGUACGACUUUACCUACAAAUCAUUGCCCAAAAAUCUUCCACCUGUAGACGAACAGGAUCAAGAGGAGCAAGAGUUUGAUGAUGAUGAUGACGACGAUGAUCUCUCAGUGUGUGGUGCCGCCAGCGGUUCUGAAGACUAUGACUCAGACGAAGCUCGUGAUCUGUUUCCCAACUCGAUGGCCCACAUCAAGGAUUUACUGGCGAAGAAGCACAUUAAAAAGUACUUCAACAUGGAAGGAACUGACGAUCAGUUUGACGACGGCGCCUCAGCCAAGUCCACUGGAUCGCGCUUUACCGAGUACUCAAUGUCCAGCUCGGUGGUGCCACGAAGUGAACAGCUGCGCCAGCUUGACAGUCAAUUUGAGAAAAUGUUCAUCAGCGAGUACGGCGAUGAAGAGGCGAUCGGCGCCCUGGACGGGGACGAGGAGUUUGAGGAGGUGGACGGCGAAAUGGACCCCAGUCAGCAGGAGCUGAUGAAGGCGGCGCUGGAGGAGUUUGCCGAGGCGAAGCAGGAACGCGCCGGCAUCGAGUACGUCGGCAAUAGAGAGGCCAUCGACUUUGUUCGCACUCGAUUUGUCGCUAAGCACUCUAAAGCUGGCCGCGAUGAUGGCGAAGACUCUGAGUCAGAAUCAGGUGAUGACUCUGACAGCGACUCCGAGUACGAGGAGAUUGAGGUGGCGGACACUGGACGAAAGGGCGACAAGGAGCGACUGGACUGCGAGUCAGUGCUCAGCACCUUCUCAAACACCACCUACCAUCCCAGGGUUCUUCAGGACACUGACCGCUACGGAAACGUCCUCCUCGGUCGGCAGAAGACGGCCCGUCCGAAUCACAUUCGAUUUGACCCCCGCACUGGCAUGCCGCUCGCCCCUGCCGCCAACGAUCCACAGCUGCUCACUUCUGGCAAUCUCGCCAAGUUGGACGCCCUGGAGACGGGCACUGCUCGCACCAACGCCACCCGACUGUCGGAGCUGUCGGUGCGCCCGAAGAAUGAGACGGUGGAGGAGCGACGGCAGCGGAAGAAGGAGCUGAAGGACUACCGAGCGCAGCGACGGGCGGAGAAGAAGGCCAACAAGGUGGCCUUCACCGAGGAGAAGCUUCGAAUGGCCAAGCAGUCGCUGAACAGUGUCGUCCAGAAAAAGGUCGCCGUCCUGUAG